AUGAGCAAGGAGAAUGGGUUUGGGGAGGCCCGAGAAACUCCCUGCUUGGGCGUUAGCCAACCAAUAUCUAAAGCGCUACCUGACGCCCGAGAUUUGCGCCUAACUACGCAGGUGAGUAAAUGUCUGAAGAAUUUCAACCUUUUUGAAACUGAUGAGGAAAUGCAUGCAAGAAUUGAAGUUCUUCGGAAACUGAACUCGUUAGUGAAAAACUGGGUGCGAAAAGUAUCUGAAUCCAAGGUAUCUAUGUGUGAGAACGUUGGUGGAAAAUUAUUUACUUUUGGAUCUUAUAGGUUAGGAGUACACACAAGAGGAGCUGAUAUCGAUACAUUAUGUGUAGCGCCUAGGCAUGUUGAUCGCUCUGAUUUCUUCGGUUCAUUCUACGAUAUGCUUAAAGAUGAUAAAGUAACCGAUCUUCAUGCAGUCGAAGAUGCAUUCGUUCCAGUCAUCAAGCUCAAAUAUGCUGGAAUCGAAUUAGAUAUCCUAUUCGCAAGACUAGCAUUGAAGGAGGUGCCCGAUGAUCAAACUUUGAAUGACGACAUGCUUCUGAAAAAUCUAGACGAUAAGAGUAUAAGAUCAUUGAACGGUUGUCGAGUGGCUGAUGAGAUCCUGCGGCUAGUACCAUAUCCAGAAGCAUUUGCACUGUGCUUGCGGGCUGUCAAAUUAUGGGCCAAGAAUCAUGGAAUUUACUCAAACGUGCUAGGUUUCCUUGGAGGAGUUACCUGGGCAAUAUUAGUGGCACGAACUUGUCAACUGUAUCCUAAUGCUUCUCCCUCCAAAUUACUCCUCAAAUUUUUUCUAGUGUUUGUUACAUGGUUAUGGCCCCUUCCUGUUGUUUUGAAGGACAUGGACACCAGUGCACGGCCUGAUAUAGGGAAUCUCCAAGAACUCGUAUGGGAUCCUCGAAUUCGUGGAUCGGACAGGUUUCACCUCAUGCCCAUCCUCACACCUGCUUUUCCUGAACAAAAUUCCACAUUCAAUGUUACGAAUUCAACGAGGAGCAUAAUGAUCAACGAGAUGAAAGAAGGGCUUGAGAUUAUGAAAGACAUUUAUGAAGGCCGUGCAGAAUGGUCAAAGCUGUUUGAAGAAGUAAAUUUCUUCACGAGAUAUAAACAUUUCAUUUCAAGGACAGAAGAAGAUCAUCUUAUCUUCUGUGGUUUUGUGGAAUCAAAAAUUCGACACUUGAUUGGUGCUCUUGAGCGUAAUCAAGGAAUUUCGUUAGCUCAUAUUAAUCCUCGACAGUACAAACCAAACCCAGUAUGCACGUUGUGGUUUAUCGGCUUGGAAUUUGAUCGUGCGAUGGCUAAGGCUUUCGAUUUGACGGUGGAGAUCAGUCAAUUCCACCACAUAAUUGUGACGACUGGUAUCAAAAUGAAAAAUUACAACGAAGGGAUGAAGGUACCUACUGUGUUUGUGAAUAUUUCUAUUUACGGGCAUAGAACACCAUUUGCUAACAGCACCUCGUGGGUCGUACUACCGGUCGUUAGGGUGUUUAUUUAA